UUAAUGUAUUUUAUUUUAAAUAUUCCUACUAAAUGGCUUCUACAGGAUACGGAGGGACACACACAGGUGCCAAUGACCCGAUGUGGGGUUACUUCACAGCAAUAGCAGGCCAAGAUGGUGAGGUUGAUGCUGAUGAACUGCAGAGGUGUCUGACUCAGUCUGGUUUUUCUGGCAACUACACACCUUUCAAUCUGGACACCUGCAGAAUCAUGAUUGCGAUGCUGGAUAGGGACUACACUGGCAAGAUGGGCUUUAAUGAGUUUAAGGAGCUGUUUGCAGCUCUGAACGGCUGGAAGCAGAACUUCAUGAUGUUUGAUCAUGACAGGAGUGGAACUGUUGAACCUCAUGAGAUGAAUCAGGCUAUCAAUGCAAUGGGUUAUCGUGUCAGCCCUAAUGCUCUGAACAUCAUUAUCAAGCGCUACAGCAAAGGAGGAAGAAUCUGUUUUGACGACUAUGUGGCCUGCUGCGUCAAAUUGCGUAGUCUUACAGACCAUUUCAAGCGCAGAGACACGAUGCAGCAGGGAACUGCAACCUUCCAGUAUGAUGAUUUCAUCCAGUGCGCAAUGUCCAUCUGAGCGACCUGCAUCCCUCACACACCUCAAGACCACGGGACCAACCAUCGAAAACAUUUGGAAAAGCAUGUGUAAAAGAAGGCCAGUAAGGACUGAGCUGCCACCAUAGAGAAAUAUUCUAUAAUUCUUAACCUAGUAUUAAGCCUUAGUCAUGUAUGUUAGUAGAUUGUCAGAUAUGUCAGGUGUAGGGAUAGGUAUCCACAACAAUGUGAUAUGCUUUACUUUAAAUUUUUAAAUUUUUAUUUUCAUUUUUACGUCAAAAAUGAGGGAAGAAUGGUCAGUCAUCUGAGAAGUGAUGGUCCUCCUGUCCUCUACUAACCACUGUUUGAAACACCUAAUGUGCCAUUAUUAUCUUUGAAUGUUUAACCAAAAAAUGUAAUAAUGUGAUGUUAAUGAAACAUAUUUAGUUACUGUGAUACUUCUGUACUUUUACAUGUUACACUGUACUGUCCUUAAGGCAGUGCUUGUGUUUCUGAUUGCACUCUAGACCCAUAUAUGGUAUGCAAUAUAUUACAUGGGCCCUGGUAUGAUUGAAUUACCAACUGAUUUGGUUUUGACUCACCUGACCACAGGAGGCAGAGGUGGACGAGCAUUGUUUUUGUCCUUUUGAGCUAAAAAAAACAAAACAAAACACAUUUGUUAUUUGCGAUUCCUAACAUCCAAGAGAUUCCCAAACCUAACAGUCCAUUUAGAAGCUACUGAAGAAUUUGCUAAAUGAUCUUUGUACCAGGAACAAAUAUGAAAACACAUACAGUACUUGCUGGUACUAAUUAUUGCAGUAGAUACAAGCGGUUAAUUUAGUUACUGACACAUUUUCAGACAGCUUGCUGUAAUAUCAGUGGGUGUGAUGCACCAUGCACCGAUGGCUUUCACACAAAAGCUUAUAAAGACGAAGGAAAUAAACACAGGGCGUUCAUUUUUGUCUUUUUAUUUCAAUGAUACUUGUAAGUUUCGAGGAUAAUAAAGAGUGCAACCAAUAAAUAUCAUGUUUACAGAAUA